GGCCGUCGUUUCUCAAACAUUUUGAAAAACUAUCACCAUCCAUCCACAAUGCAUGUGUGCAAAAGGGUUUCCAUCUCGCCAGUCCCCAGAAUUGGCCUUUAAAGGUGAAAGUUUAGAUGACCUAGUUACAAAUGACCGUGGGUCCUGUUUAAGCCCUUGGGGAGGGAUCAUCAGGGGAUGGAGCAGCACCUUAAAAUUAGGGCUGGGCUGGGCAGGGCAGGGCAGGGCAGGGCAUCAGUGGGUUAACGUUGGCAGGGGCAGCAUGCAUCAUGUGUAGUCAGCUGUGCUGUGUGUGCAAGCGUGUUUUUGCUAUCAAUUAAAUGUUGUCUGGUUGUGUGUUAUACGGUGCGUUUGGAAGCACACCCAAUUAAGAAAGAAAAAUGAAGCAUGUGGUACAAU